GCCAGUUUAAAAACAGAAUUGCACAAAUUUGAUAAAAUCAUCAAACAAAGCAGUGGAAUUGAUGAUGGUAUUCCUGCUCUAUGCCAUCUGACACCAAGCACAAACUUUUGUGAUGAAUCUGAACCAUACAGAAAAAUGAACUUUGGAGAGAGAGACAAAAACAAACCCCAUAAAACCAUUCUGAUGGUGGGAGAAACAGGCAAAGGAAAAACAAAACUAAUCAAUACGAUGAUCAACUACAUGUUGGGUGUUCAGAGAGAAGACAAGGUUUGGUUUGAGAUCACAGAUGAUCAGAGUGACCGAACAUCAGCUCACGAUCAGAAAAAACAGUCUUCAGCUCACAGUCAGACCUCCAUCAUCACUGUUUAUGGGUUUUAUCUACAAGAGAGUCAAACUGAUUUAACAAUCAUCGACACUCCAGGAUAUGGAAACACUCAUUCUGUUGAGAAAGAUAAAGAGAUUGGCAUGAAUUUGCUUAAUUUAAGCAGAUGUGAUGACAGGGUCCAUGAAAUAGAUGCAGUUUGUCUGGUGAUUAAAACAACACAGACUCGACUCUCUGACAGACAAAUAUACAUAUUUGAUGCUGUUCAGUCUUUAUUUGGAAGAGAUAUUGUUGAAAACAUUGUCUUGCUCUUCACACACUCACGUGGAUCUCCACCUAAAAAUGCCCUGACGGCUGUUAAAGAGGCUAAAAUCAAGUGUGCAGUGAAUGAUGAGAAUCAGCCAGUGCAUUUCCUGUUUGACAACUGCCAGUCAGAAGCUGCUGAUGAAGAUGAUGAUGAAGAAUAUGAAACAAUCCGGGAACAAUCAUGGAAUCUCAGUUUUAGAGGAAUGACAGGAUUUCGCAAAUUUCUUGACAAGAUAAAGCCAAAAUCCCUAAAGACGACUCAAGAUGUGUUGCAACUACGAAAGCAGUUGGAGGAAACCAUCUCAACUGUACAACCAUAUAUUGAAAAAAUAGCCCCCAAAAAAGAAGAGCUGAAACAAACUCAAGAAGCUUUGGGCAAGGAAAAGGAAUAUAUUAAAAACAAUGAGAACUUUGAGUAUGAAGUUGAAGUGAAAUACAAAGAAAAAGUUGAUAUUGAUCACUCUAAAGCCUUCCCUCUAAAGGUGAUCUGCUGCACUGUCUGUGAGGAGAACUGUCAGAAAGAUUGCUGGUGGGUCACCCCUGUCUCAUUGUGUGCAGUAAUGAAUAAUAAUUACUGUACAGCGUGUAAAUGCCACUCCAACAAACAUGCCAAAAAAGCAAAACAAUAUGUAAAAAAGACGGAGAAGAGGAUAAAUGAAGCUUUAAGAAGGAAUUUGAUGGUAAAAAUUGGGGUCAGUGAGUCUUUGGUCAAAAAGCUGGAAGAGGAACUUAAAGAAUUAGAAGACAAGAAAAUAAAGCUUGUGAUGGAUGCUUUUCACUGUGUUGGAGCUCUGGAGUUGAUCGCACUCAACACUGAUUCACUAUUCACACUCCUGCAUACUGAUUUUCUGAUUGAUAAACUGAAGGAAAUAAAUGAGACCAAAAAGGCUGAAACACUGGAAAACAUCAAGAAGAGAGCAGGAGAAGAAAAACAAGGAGCACUGAAAUACAUAGAAAUAAAGGUUUUAUAAAUAUAAAAUCUAAAAAUGUCAUAUAAUGCUAUUUUAACAUUGUACGACAGAAGCAAGUAUGUAUUAAUGUACAUAAUUUGUGAUUUUGACUAAAAUCUUGCUAAAUACUAUAAUUUAUCCAAAUAUGUGUUGUCUAGAGAAUAUUUGUACAAGAAAACACAUACCAAUGUAUCAAUAUUUAGUCCCCAGUAAGCUAGAUUGAUUUUAGAAUAUCAUAAUAAUAAAUGCUGGGUGGCUUGUGUUCAUAAAUGGCAUGCAAUUAAUUUUAAAACGUAUUGUAUGAUAGAGAAAAUUCUGUAUUACUGUUACUAAAAAUAA